AUGACAAUAACGUUUCACAUAUCCAAUACUGUCAAGAUGUUGUUCAAGGCUGGAAUAUUGGUUCUAACGCUUUGCGUUGGGAGCUUUGAACUAUUCUAUUAUUUUAGCACUUCCGCUCAAAAAGGUACACAGAAUGUGGACAACACCGUUGAAGAGGAUUUGUCCAUAUACUUUAUCCAUGUGGACCUAUCGGUCCGUAUAGUAGACGGCAACCCCGCAGCGCAAACUCCUCAUAUGGUGGCUCUUGUUUUACUGGUACGCAAGUCAGAACUUUAUUGUGCGGUGCAUCGA